CUUAAAAUUCUGGAAGGAUUUGUUUUGCUGCUCAGAGAAUUUGAGGUUGGAAGUUUUUUCUUUCAGUAUAUCAGUGACAACCUGUCUUCCGGCUUCCAUUGCUGUUGAAAGUUGUGGUCCCUACUUGCUCCAUCCACUGUGCUUCUCUUUUUUCCUUUUUGUUUUGAAAUAAUUACAGAUUUCCAGGAUAUGUGAUGACAUCAUUGCUCUGGUGACUAAACGAAUGUGUGCUUGUGUGCUCUCAUGUUUUCUAGAAGUUUCGAAGGCAAGCUUUUUGAAUUCUUCAAUAAUUUUUCAGUGUCCUGAGAGCAAAAUGUUUGAGAACAGUUGGAUUCGAGUAUAGCUAUUCCUGGAAUGUACCCAGGGAAGAAGUAUUCAAGCCUCUUGAAGCUCUUCUCACCAAGAGGUAGAGUCUAUUUCUCUACUCCUUGAAUUUGGACUGGCUUUGUGCAUUGCCUUGACCAAUAUAAUACAGUGCAAGUGUUGCUGUACAACUUCAACCAAGACCUCAAGAGAUCUUAAAGAUUUUGCUUAUGCCUUCUUGGAGCACUGCUGUGCCAUAUGAAGAAGCUUGAGCCAGCCUCCAGGAGUCCAGUUGACAGCCAGCACCAACUGCCAGAAUGUUCCAAAUUUGUUGAAAACUACAAACAUAUCCAAGAAUCUCAGCGAAUGCCAAGCAGCAUAAACACAAAGAGAACCACAUCAAGCCACUGCAGAAUCAAAUUUCUCAAAACUAUUGAUACAGAGAAAAUCUUAAAGUUGAUAUUCAUCACCGGUUCUUCAUCAAAAACAAUGCAAACCAGAAGAUGGUGGAACAUCUUUAAAGCAUUGGAAGAAAAACACUGUCAACCCAGAAUCCAUUGAUAAUGUCCUUCAAAGAUGAAGGCAAAAUGAAGACAUUUCAGAUAUGCUGAAGCCAAGAGCAUUCAUUGCUAGUGAACUUGUACCACAAGAAAUGCUAAAGGAAGUUCUUCAGGAUGAAGGAAGAUGAUAUCAGAUAUACAUAAGAAUCUAUGCAAAGGAAUGAAGAGUACCAGAAAUGUUUUCUGACAUUAGAAGUGGGAUCCAAAUAAGACUCUCAACAACUCGGAGGCCAGUGAGCAACCAGAUGCUGGUAUCCACAGGGUGCAUUGAGCUCACGGCUUUCUCCCCAACCUUGCAGUCAACCCAAGCUCCGCUCUCUUUGCAUUUUGAACUCUCCGAUCUUGUUGUGCACGUCUGUUUUCUGGUUGUUGAAGCUUCUUGGCAAGCCGAGAUUCCAACUAUCAAACACCAGGGGGCAGACCGAGACUAGAAGAGGAACAAUAGAAGAGCCAAGGCGUUGGGGUGAAGGUCGCGUGGUCUUCAGCGAAGCGGGAUAACGAAGACAAGGUCCAAGGACUUGGCCGCCCCUCGCCUCUUCGUCACUCUGGCGGUGCUGCCAGGCUUUGUACCUGGAGCAAAGGGCUGUUUGCUCCCAGCAGAGGACUGACUCAAGGAUCUCAGGAUCCCGAGAAACAAAGAGUCUUCCACAUUCGUGAAGUUCGAGAUAAGUUGCGGGAGAUAGUAGGAGCAUCCACAAACUGGAGAGACCAUGUGAAAGCAAUGGAGGAAAGAAAAUUACUUCAUGGUUUUUUGGCUGAGUCACAAAAAGGACUGCCACCUAGGAGAAUGAAAGACAGUUACAUCGAAGUUCUCUUGCCUUUGGGCAGUCAGCCCGAAUUACGAGAGAAAUAUUUGACUGUUCAAAACACUGUAAGGUUUGGCAGGAUUCUUGAGGAUCUUGACAGCUUAGGAGUUCUUAUUUGCUACAUGCACACCAAAAUCCAUUCAGCUAAAAUGUCUCCAUUAUCAAUAGUUACAGCCCUGGUGGACAAGAUUGAUAUGUGUAAGAAGAGCUUAAGCCCAGAACAGGACAUCAAGUUCAGUGGCCAUGUUUGUUGGGUUGGGAAGACAUCCAUGGAAGUGAAGAUACAAAUGUUCCAGUUACAUGGUAAUGAGUUUUGUCCUGUUUUGGAUGCAACAUUUGUAAUGGUGGCUCGUGAUUCUGAAAAUAAAGGGCCGGCAUUUGUAAAUCCACUCGUCCUUGAAAGCCCAGAGGAAGAAGAGCUCUUUAGACAAGGAGAAUUGAACAAGGGGAGAAGGGUCGCCUUCAGCUCCACAUCGUUGCUGAAAAUGGCUCCCAAUGCUGAGGAGAGGACAACCAUACAUGAGAUGUUUCUUAGCACGCUGGAUCCAAAGACUAUAAGUUUUCAAAGUCGAGUUUUGCCGCCUAAUUCGGUGUGGAUGGAAAAUUCCAAACUGAAGAGCUUGGAAAUUUGCCACCCUCAGGAGCGGAACAUUUUCAAUCGGAUCUUUGGUGGUUUCCUUAUGAGGAAAGCAUAUGAACUUGGAUGGGCUACUGCUUGUAACUUCGGUGGUUCCCGACCGUUUGUCGUAGCCGUGGAUGAUAUCAUGUUUCAGAAACCUGUUGAGGUUGGGUCAUUGCUGUUCCUUUCUUCACAGGUUUGCUUUACUCAGGAGAAUUACAUUCAAGUCAGAGUCCACAGUGAAGUGGCCUCUCUUCAGGAUAAAGAGCACAUGACCACCAACGUCUUUCAUUUCACAUUCAUGUCAGAGAAGGAAGUGCCCUUGGUUUUCCCCAGAACAUACGGAGAGUCCAUGUUGUAUUUAGAUGGGCAGCGGCAUUUCAACUCCAUGAGUGUACCAGUGACCUUGAACAAGGAAUACCUCGUGGAGCCCUAGGAAGACUACACUUGUUGGAGACCAGCGCCCUGCAGUGACACAAUGCCUGAUGGAGGCCUGAGCAAGUGUAUUGGUUUUAGUAUUUAUUCUCAUCCUCCAUAGAGAAGAAUGUAUUUAGCUUUUAGGAUGACCAGAAAAGCGGAACGAAGAGAAUGGCUGGGUGGGGCAGAAGGAGAAAGAGUUAAACAAUAAAUACUUUCAAGACAAUUUAAAUUGAGAA